GAGAAAGGAGUGGGACUGAUGACCAAGCGCGAACCCGAGAUCGGCUCCAAUUAUCGACCAACUUCUCGAUUAAAGCGUCGCACAGGUCAAAGUACAUCUAUUAUUCAUUAAUCGAGAGCUGUGUCUAGCGCUCAGGGAAGAUAGUUCGCGGCCAAUCCAUUCCAAGCGGGACUGAAGAGCCGACUUGCCGGGGUAUCCAGCAACUGGACGAACUCUUACAAAUGAACCCAGAUUUCUGACUCUGCUGAGCAGAUGCAUUGCCGGUGAGGAUGGACCUGUACAGAAGCUGUUUCAGUGGGAGGUCACGGUCCCUGUUGGCGUCACUAUCGCUCCUGGCUGUGUGCUACCCUCUCCUGCUAUUCCCGGCCUACCAGAAGCAGCGGGAUAUGCGGGGGGAUUACAGCAUGUGGACCGGCAGCAUCGCGCAGCUCCACAACAGAAGUCAAAGGAUCGUCUCCAGCCCGUGCAAGUCAAACUUCAGCCGGUCCAAGCUCUCCGAGCUGUAUCCCGGGAAACCGCUCCACAGAAUCCCCGUGUUUGUGGGACAAGGCUCCAGCCCGCUCUUCGGCAGCGGAACUUACGGGCCUCCGUUCGGGUUCCGCGGCUGUGAGGAACAGCUUCAGAAGGCGGCCGAGUUGCUGCCGCGAUCUUCCGGGGGGAUUCCGAAGGAACUGGUGCCGUCGGGCUGCAAGAAGUGCAUCGUGGUGGGCAAUGGGGGCAUCCUGGCCGGCAGCAGACUGGGUCCUUACAUCGACCGGCACAGCAUCAUCAUCAGAAUGAAUAACGGGCCAGUGUCAGAUUACGCCCACGACGUGGGCACGAAGACAACUCUGCGCAUUGUGUAUCCAGAGGGUGCUCUCAAAUUACCUCAGGAGUAUGACCCGGACUCGUUGUUGGUGGUGGCGCCGUUCAAAUGCACAGACCUUGCUUGGUUAAGGGCGAUGGUCCGAAAGGAGCCACUGAGCCUUUGGCAGAAGAUAUGGUUUUGGCAAUCGGUGCCCGAGCUGAUCCCUUUGGAACCGCACAAUUAUCGGAUCCUAAAUCUGGAUAUCAUUAAGGAAACAGCAAUAAACUACCUGGGCUUUCCAGAACCAACCUCUAUCUGGUGGAGGUGGAAUCAGGAAGUGCUGAUUGGGAAUGGCAUACGACAUUACACCACCAUGUCAUAAGGAAAGCUAAUUAGGCAAGUUCAUCCCGGCUCCUGUGCUUUUCCUUUCGAUUAGUUUCUGGAGGUACAAAACAUCUAGGACCAGAGUGCACAGCCUUGGAAAUGAGGGACAGCCAUUUAGAACAAAGGUGAGCAAACAGUUCUUUAAGCAGAAGGCGGCAAAUCUGUGGCAUUCAUUACCAUGUGUGGCUGUGCAGGCCAAGUCAUUGGGUAUAUUUGAGGCAGAUGUCGAUGGGUUCUUGAAUACUCAGGGCGUCAAAGGUUGCAGGGAGAAGGCAAGAAAAUGGGGGUGAGAGGAAUAAAAAAUCAACCAUGACGGAAUGGUGGAGCAGACUCGACGGGCUGAAUGGCCCACUCCUGCUCCUUUGUCUUGUGGUAUUAUGGUAAUGGCACUUACCUGCUGGACCCAGGAUUGAUCCGCUGAAAUGGUAACACUGAGGAAUUUAAAAUUGCUGAACCUCUCCACAUCUAAUUCCUCCAAUGAGGACCUCUGGUUUCCUACUCCUGAAGUCACCAAUCAGCUCCUUGGUCUUGCUGACUUUGACCGAGGGGGUAUUGUUCUGGCACCACUCAGCCAAUAUGCUGGUUCAUCACCUCCUUCGAUUUGGCCAACAACAGUGGUGUCAUCAGGGAAGUGAGUAGAGCAGAGAUUAGUCCGACAGCCUUGUGGUGCACGUGUGCUGAUUGUGGAGAAGAAUUUGCCCAUCCAAACUGACUGGGGUCUGCAACUGAGGAUCCAGUUGCACAAGGCGGUAUUGUGGCCUAGGUCUUGAAACUUAUUGAUUAGUUUUGAGCGGCUGAUGGCAUUGAAUACUGAAUUGUAGUGAAUGAAGAACAUCCAGAUCUAUACAUCUUCACCGUCCAGAUGCUCCAGGGCUGAAUGAAGAACCAAUUAAGUGGCAUCUGUUGUUGAUCUGUUGUGAUGGUAGGCAAACUGGAGCAGAUCCAAGUCACUUCUCGGGCAGGAAUCAAUAUAUUUCAGCUUCUUAAAGCACUUCAUCGCAGUAGAUGUAACUAUCACUGGCUGAUAGUUAUUGAGGCAGGUUUCCAUGUCCUUCUUAAGCACUGGCAUAAUUGAAGCCUGCCUGAAGCAGAUGGGUCCCUCAGUGAGAGGUGAACAUUCCAGCCUCUUUAUCAUCAUCGGUCUUUCGUACUUGGCCAGGUGCCCCGUCUGGACUGAGUGCUUUCCGUGGGUUCACCCUCUUGAAGAUGCCCUCACGCUGGCCUCAGAGACGGGAACCACAGGGUCAUCGGGCUGUGGGCGUCCAUGCUUUCGUGGUGGAAGUGAGCAGAGAGGGCAUUGAGCUCAUCUGGGAGCGAAACCUCGUUGUCACCUACGUGGCUUGGUUUCACUUUGCAGGAGGUGACCUGCCACAGCUGUCGGGCACCCUUCAGUGAUUCAGUUUGGCUUGCAGUUGGCACCACCUGUGAGAUGAUUUUCCGGAGACUGUACCUGUACCUGUACUUUACUUGGUUGCUAGUCCUGAAUGCCAUUGAUCUAGCCCUCAGCAGCUUGUGUGAUCUCAAGGUAGAUGCGGGACUUCUGAGUGGGGAAAUAUCUGAAUGAUUUUGUGGAGGUACACUUGUGCCCGACUGUUUCUAUAAAGUCUGUGGCACCGUCAAGUCAUUCAGGUCCUCCGAGUCUUUGAACACGGCCCAGACCACCAACUCAGAGCAAUCCCCAUAGUUGCUCCUCUGCCUUCUGUGACCGCCUCUUCACUGUCUGUACUUCUGGAGCCUUUAUCUUUUAGCCCCUGUCUGUGUGCAGGCAGGAGGAAGACAACCAGCUGGUCAGAUUUUCCAAAGUACAGUCUAGGCAGGGAAUCAGGCUGCCAUUCCUAAUUAUAGUAUAGUUGUGGUCAAGUGUGUUGGGACCCCUGGUGCUGCAGGUCAUAUGUUGAAGAUAACUGGGCAGGUGUUUCUUCAUAUGGCCCUGACUGGAGACCCCGACAAUGAUUUGAAAAGUGUUAGAGUAGGCUGUUUCUUGUUUGCUGAUAGUGGCACUCAGUACCUUGAUUGCCGGUGUAACAUGAGCUUUGGUGGUAUGUAAGCUGUGGUCAGGAUUACAGAGGAGAAUUCUCUUGGUCAGUAAAGUGGCCAGCACUUAAUCGGGGAACAAGAGUGCGUCAAUACCGCAGCGUCUGAGUACCACAAGGAGCUUGUCAUGAAACACAGAUGCCCCACCUUUAGCCUUCUCUGAAUCUGCAGUCCAGUCCAUCCUGUGUAUUGAGAAGUCCUUGGGUUUGACUGGCAUGUCUGUCAUGUCUAGAGCGAGCCACGUCUCUGUGAAAUACAGAACACAGCAAUUCCUCUUUUCCCUCCGAUGCAGCAAUCUUGCCCUUAGGUCCUCAGUCUCGCUCUCCAGCGACUGUACAUCUGCUAACAAGAUGCGGGCUACAGGAAGUUUAAUACUCCUUCAUUUUAGUCUGGCUCAGAGUCUCCCCUCCUCCCUCUCUUUCAGCCAUGACAAUUUUCCUUUGUCUAUUUAAAGGUGCUGUACCUGCAUUCUUGAGAGUUAAGUCUGCUGAGUUAUUCAAAAGGUUGUGAAAUUGCUAGUUCAUUAAGAUGGUUCAAAAGUACACUGCUUAAAAAAAAAUUACAGAUUGCAGAUCACAGUGUCAGUUCCUCCAGUUGAACUGUCUUUGUGUGUGUUUCCCCCUAGCUGUCAGUCUGUGGUUUUGUAUUGCCAUGUGCUCCUGUCUCCGCCCCUGCUCUACUCCGGCCCCUGUAUCACCGAGUACUCCAUCUCUCAUCCGUUUCUCACUGUUACCUGUAUUGCUGCCUCCUGUGUCUCAUAGUGCUCCUCCUAUCAUCUGCCUCUCUGUUUAUUGCUCAGUGUAUUUCAGUCCAGUUUUCACCUGCUUGUUGCCAGAUUGUGCCAGCGCAUUUUCCUGAGCCUUUCCAGCAUCCAUAUCUAUACUCUGCCUGAACUUUGAUGCCGACUUUGUUUGCACUUUGGGAUUUGUUACUUAAUUAAUAUCCCUGUGUGCACAGUACGAGAUCUGUGAUUGGAUCACUGCUCCAGUGUCCUGACACGCAGUGAGACUAAUUCAAAAGUAUAAUUACAAGUUUUGUAAGCAACCUGCAACGUGUCACCAUGUCUCACCAGCACUAUCGUGCUGUACCACAUCAUGGAGUUAGGCAAUGUUGUUAGUGCAAGCCUCAAGAUAAUCAUUUUCUUAAAGCCCAUCACCCCUAUUGGGGCAUUGUCUGCUGACAGCAGCUCAAAGUCCUCUGUCCUGGGUUCAAAGUUGAUCAGCCCCUGUGGCAUCUGCUUUCAUCACAUGACUUCAUGUGUCUUCCAGGUGAAGAUCAGUCCUCUCCCAGGGAUGAGGUCUUUGGAGUUUCAGUUGGUGUUUCUGUAACUCUGGGUUAAGUGAUGGGGUUGCUAGCCCCAUGCCUUGCCCUUGACCUUUUGCAGCCAGGCUUGGGAUUGUCCAUGGCGGAGUUAAGCCUCAGGAAGAGCAGCCCAUUUAUUUAGCCACUGUGGAGAGGGGUUGCUACUUGGAGUACUUGCCCAAACAGUACAUACACACACACAUAAAAUAACUGUAAAUGCUCAGUUCUGGUUGCCUCAUUACAAAAGGCAUGUAGAGCCUUUAGAGAGGGGUGCAGAGAAGAUUUAGACCAAUGGACAUUGGAGCAGAAACUGGCCAUUUGGCCCAUUGAGAAUGGGCCACCAGAUUUAUCAGGAUGCUGCCUGAACCAGAGGGCAUGUCUUGUGAGAAAGGCCGAGCAAGCAAGUGCUUUCCCCUCUGGAGCAAAGGAGGAUGAGAGGUGACUGGAUAGUGGUGUACAAGUGGCAUAGAUCAAGUGGACAGCCGGAGACUUUCUGAAAAUGGCUAAUACAAAGGGCACGACUUUAAGGUGUUUGGAGGAAAGGAUAAUGGGGAUGAGAUGUCAGUGGCCAAGUUUUUUCCAACAGAGAAGUAGGUGAGUGGAACACCCUGCCAGGGGUGGUGGAAGAGGCAUAUGCAUUAGAGGCAUUUAAGAGACUCUAGAUAGGCACAUGGGGAAGUUUAGAUUGAAGUUGUAAUACUCCGCACAAUAUUGUGGGCUGAGCUGCUUGUACUGUGCUGCACUGUUCUAUGUAGUCACUGACUUGUGUUGACCUCUUUAUAAUUGAAUUAUUCAAUUAGUUCCACUGCCCUGCUUUUUAAUUAGUCCAGCCAUCCUUCCCAGUCAAUGUCGAUGACAUUUCCUCAAGUUACAGAGGAGUUGUAUUGAAUGAUAACUCUUCUCAUUGAUAUGCAUGGUCAUGUUCCAAUGUAGCCGGGGAGAGGAGCAUACUUUGUCAGGCACUUUUGCUCAGCCGCCACAAAAGGCAGGAUUUCUCGCUGGCCACUCACUUCAAUUCCGACAUGUGGGUCCGUAGCCUCCUCCACUACAACAGUGAGGUCACACUUAGGUUGGAGGAGCAACACCUUGUAUUCCAUCUGCAUAGCCUCCAACCUGGUGGCAGGAAUAUUGAUUUCUCAAACUUCCCCCUUCCUUCUCGAUUUAUUCCCCAUUCUGAUUUCCUUCUCACCUCUUCUUUUUCCCCUCACCUGCCCACCAUCUCCUUCCGGCCCACCGUCCUCUCUAUCAGAUUCCUCCUCCUUCUUCAGCCCUUUAUCUCUUCUGUCACCUACCACCUUCCCCCGCCCCCCACAAACUUUUCCCCUCACCUGCCAGCUUGUACUCUUACCCCUCCCCAGCUUCUUAUUCUGGCUUCCGUUCACUUCCUUUCCGGUCCUGCCGACGGGUCAACUGCUGUCCCUUUGCCAUAGAUGGCGCCUGACGUGCUCCAGCAUUUUGCGUGUGUUGCAUCUGCAGAUUUUCUUAGCUUUUCACGUAACAUUUCAUGGCUGAUCCUGGAGAAUCUGCAGAGUUGUGAUAGCUACAAUUGCUGUGUAAUUUUCUUGACUUCCUCUUUUUUUU